CUUGAGUCAAGUGAGUCGUAAGCCCCUUAAAAACAGUCUGAGACCCCUCGCUUUUGCUUGGAAAACUCACUGUCAUUUGAAUGCACGGGAAGCAUCAAGUCUCGUCUCAGGUCUCACAGCGCUCAGCCUGUCUCGUACUACCCCCAUUUUUGUUCCUAGGGCCAUGCUUUGCAGCGUCAUCAGAGUCAUUUCUCACAAAGAACGCCAUCACUCACGUUUUAAGCGUUGGCGCUCGUCUUUUCACGCAGGUGGACGGUGUAGCUUACCGGAGUCUCCCUAUCAAUGACAACGGCUCGUCCUCCCUUUGCAACAUCGCGGGCACGGCUUGCAAUGUUAUCGAUGGAACCGUAGCGCCGAAUAGGGACAACAGAAGGAUCCUAGUGCACUGCGUCGCAAGCAUAUCGAGAUCGCCUACGGUCGUCGUAAUAUACUUGAAGAAGCGGAAGGGGAUAACGUUGAAAGAUGCACUCGGACACAUCAUUCAUGUCCGGCCAAAAAUCCCGCCGAGCCCAUCUUUACGAGACAAUUGAAAGACAUGGAGAUGGAGCUGUAUGGAAGUGUGUCCUUAGCGGUUGACGAACUGCCCAAGCGAAAGGAAGACCGGUCAACUCACAGCGACGAUUACAACAUGGCGUGGACUGGGACAACGAUGAGAUGCGGGCGAUUAUGGCGACAGUGGUGCAACGAUAACGAUGGCCUCGGUGGCCAUGCUGUGGAACGCCAGCCAACGAUGUGAUGGUUCCAGCCGGAUA